AUGGCCUGGGCUGGUGCAAGCCUCGUCUCCUGUCCUGCAUGUGGUUUGUGCCUGUGCCUGGAAAAGUCCGCCCCAGUGCCUGGGUCUGGUCCCGUAGGUGCUGCGCCUGUGCUUGGUCCUGUCCAGCAGCUUCCUCGGCCCUCAGCCCCCUCAUUGCCCCCUUCGAGCCUCAAAAAACCAUCAGAUGCCCCCGUGAUGCGCUCUGCUCAUGACACGGAACACGAAGUAAUUACGAUUACUCCAUCCUCGGUGGUUGAUGCUGUCUGGCGGCUCUGUUGCCCCCUGUGCCGAGGACGCGCAGGUGGGGGACCAGGGGGCCGGCUCUGGGGAAUUUGGAGCGCCAGGGCGGCGGCUCACGGCGAGAGAUCCAUGGAUGCGCUGAGAGCUCGCCCGGUUAGGGGGGCUUGCAGGGCCUGGCCAGCGCUGCGGGGCCGCGAGCCGCCCCUGACGGCGCCCUACCAGUCCCUUCCAGUCCCUCCCAGACCUUUCAGGUUCCCAGACCCUGCCAGCUGCAGCGCAGUCCGAAUCGUCCCGGCCGACUCCAUCUCGACGUUCCGAUUCGAAGCCCUCGUUUUCGUGGCAUCCUAUGAUCUCUCCGCCCCCCGGGUCGUCCCCGUGAUUGCCUCUUUCGGGCACCUUGGCCACGGGCAGUGGUCGCCUCUGCAGGAACACACCCCUGACCGAGACAAGGCAGCCUGUCGGUUUUUUUUCCCUUCUCUGAUUCCCGGUGUGCUCUUCUCGGAUCAAAGGCAGCCAGCCUUUCACCCGGGCUUAUCCGACCGUUGCAGAGCAGGCAAGCAGAAAGGCUUGAGGCUGCCAUCAUGGGACCAAUUGCUCAUCUCGUAUGUUGCAAAUGGCCUGAGCGCAACGGAGCCGGCCAUUGUCGCAGCUCAACUGCAAUUUCACGCCGUUGAAGAUGCCGGCCCUCAAGGUUCUCUUUUUGUCUCUCUCGUCUCCCUCCACAAGCAUGUGCCGAGAGUGUGUGUCUCCUCUGCUGCUGCGACUCGAGCUCCGCGUUUGCGAUAUCCUUGUUUGAUGCCACUCGACGUUGGUGGAACCGGACCAAAGGGGCUGCCGCUGGCCUUGAUGCUCACCGCCUGCAUCUGCGUUGCGUUUUGCAAUUUGCAGGUGCAGAUGCAGAAGCAGAUGAGAUGCAACCACUCGGUCGCCAUGACGCAGUUUCUUGUCCAUCUGCUCGCUCAGCCACUUGACCGGCAGCCGUUUCGCAUGACACCGCAGGUAUUCGCCCUCGUCCUCCCCGACGGCGAUUUGACGGGCGUCGGCGGCCCAGCAGCAACGCCUAUCAUGAUUGUGGCCGUCUGCUUGCAGCGAUUUGUCGCCCCUUGA